UUUUUUUUGUUUCCUCCACCCUUCUUUCUCUCUUUCUUUCUUUCUUUCUUCCAGGGGGAUUUUUUUUUUUCAUCCUCUGUGGGACCAUCGCAGCAGUCACUGCGGAGGAGCGGUGCGAGAGAGAGAGAGAGAGGGAGUGAGAGAGAGAGAAAGAGCGAGGGAGGGAGAUAGAGAGUGAAAGAGCGAGGGAGAGAGAGAGCGAGCGGAGCGCUCCGACUCCGAUGCAGUGAGGGGAACUUGCACUUCCUAACAGCCCACUGAAAGGCCACUUGGAUUCUGCCCCUAUCCAGGGCUCUUUCAAGCGGCUAAAACUAAGACAUUGUACCCCUGCCAAGAUCGGGUGUCCGCUGAAAAGCGGGGCCUUAUGGGGGGGGGGAGGUCCCACUGAAUCCAUUCCACAGUGGGGUCUUUCUGAGAUCCAUACAUAAUUAGCGGCAUCACAAAGAGAUCGGCUAAAUAGGGGCUGUCACUCGCUGCGAAGGGGGUGAGUAGGAAUCCUUUGAGACGGAGCUGGCUCGCGGGGGACAGCGUCUCGGCAUCGCUUGCCUCCGAAUCGCCGCGAUUAUCGAACAUGAGCCCCGCAACUGGCCUUUCAUCGCCGCCGACUCUUUUAUUUUUGUUGUGCCAGGAUUCCUGAUCGCGAUAAGUAAACAAACAAAGCACGUCCGAGGAAGGGCGAGAGAGAGAGAGAGAGAGAGAGAGAGAGGGGGAAAGAGAGAGGGAGGGAGAGAGAGAGAGAGCAAUAGAGACCGGGAGAGAGAAAGAGAGAGAGGUUUUCGCCUGGGAGUUUACACAAUACAAUGUAAUAUCUGAAAGAUUCAAUGGACUUUUUCUCCGCUACAUCCAGGGAUAUUCAUGCUAAUGGAUUUCCUCCUGAUUGGUCUCUGUCAGAAGUGGCCACUGCGGACACCGGCUGGAUUGAUACUGUGCUCGCUGGGGAUCUUACUGGAAGCGGUCCCCAUGGCGGGGGGCGUCUGUCCGCGGCUGUGCCGCUGCGACAGCAAGCUGCUGUACUGCGAGGGGCUCAAUCUGACGGACGUGCCGCGCAAUCUGAGCGGCGCCGCGGGCCUGUCGCUGCGCGAGAAUGCGCUAGCGGAGCUGCGUGAGGGCCACUUUGUCGGCCUACAGCAGCUCACAUGGCUCUACCUGGACCACAAUGCCAUCGAGAGUGUGGAGGAGGAUGCCUUUGACAAGCUGCGGCGCGUCAAGGAGCUUGACCUGAGCGCCAAUCGCAUCGAGAGCCUGGCCAACGGGACGUUCCGGCCCAUGCCCAACCUGCGCAUCCUGGACCUAUCGUACAAUAAGCUGCAGGCCCUAGAGCCGGACCUUUUCCACGGCCUCAGGAAGCUGACCAACCUGCAUCUACGCUACAAUGCCCUCAAGUUCGUGCCAGUACGUAUCUUCCAGGAUUGCCGGAGCCUGCAGUUCCUGGACCUGGGCUACAACCAGCUGCAGAGUCUGGCGCGUAACUCAUUCGCCGGGCUGUUCAAGCUCACUGAGCUGCACUUGGAGCACAACGAGCUGGUCAAGGUCAACCUGGCCCACUUCCCACGGCUCAUCUCGCUGCGUGCGCUCUACAUGCGACGCAACAGGGCCACCAUCGUGGUGAGCACGCUAGAGUGGACCUGGCACUUCCUGGAGAAGAUCGACUUCUCGGGGAACGAAAUCGAGUACAUCGAACCGCAUGUCUUCGAGAGCGUGCCCAAUCUGCGGUCGCUGCAACUCGACUCCAACCGGCUGACCUACGUGGACCAGCGCAUCCUGGACUCCUGGUCGUCACUACAUAGCGUCACACUGUCGGGGAACCAGUGGGAGUGUGGCCGCAAUGUCUGUGCCCUGGCCUCGUGGCUGAGCGCCUUCCGGGGCCAGCGGGACAGCGGACUACUGUGCGCCAGCCCGGACACGGCUCAGGGCGAGGACGUACUGGAUGCCGUCUACGCGUUCCAGCUGUGCGAGGACCGUGGCGACGCUGCCACCACCAGGGCCCACGCCGUCACCAAGGACAGAACCCGGGGCCCCGCCUACGGAGGCCCCACCGGCGGCCCGUAUGACCUGCAGGAGACGGAGAGCAGCGAGGUGUCUACACGCUCAUUCACCGUGACGGAGGCCACUGACGACCUGGACAGCACCAUGCAGAUCCACAAGGUGGUGACUGGCACCAUGGCACUGAUCUUUUCCUUCCUGAUCGUGGUGCUCAUGCUCUACGUGUCCUGGAAGUGCUUCCCGGCCGGAGUGCGGCAGCUCCGGCAAUGUCUUGGCGGCCAGCGGCGUCAACAGAAGCAGAAACAGACCAUGCAGCAGAUGGCUGCCAUGGCCGCGCCGGAAUACUACGUCGACUACAAGCCCAACCACAUCGAGGGCGCCCUGGUCAUCAUCAACGAGUACGGCUCCUGCACCUGCCAGCAGCAGCCGUCCCGGGAGUGCGAGGUGUGACUGCCCCCGGGGGCCUGGAGGACCAACUGGAAAACCGUGCCGCAGCUGCUCUCCAGAGAACCGAUCGGGACUGUGA